AUGGACACGCGCGGUAGCAAAACCCUUAUGUCUACGUGCCGCUAUUGGGGACUUUUCUUUGUCUGCAUAUCGCUGCUGCCGACCUUGAUCACCGGCCGUUUAAUUAAAUACACAAAUCGGGAUAUUAAUGACAGUCCAUUGGUAAAUUUGGACAAUGAGAAUGCGACACCGAUUGUGGGGAUUUUGUCACAGGAAGUGUCACAAUUUGUUUUACGCAAUUAUCCGAAUAGUACAUUUUCCAGUUAUAUUGCGGCGUCAUAUGUGAAAUUUGUUGAAGGUGCUGGUGGCCGAGUGGUGCCUAUAUGGAUUGGUAAACCGCGAGAAUACUAUGAAGAUAUUUUAACAAAAAUUAAUGGAGUCCUUCUACCUGGUGGCGCUACAUAUUUCAAUCAAUCUAAUGGCUAUGCCGAUGCUGGUCGUCACAUUUAUGAAAUUGCUAUGGAAAUCAAUGAUAAUGGUACCUAUUUUCCCGUAUGGGGUACAUGUUUGGGCUAUGAGUUGUUGGUAUAUUUAUCGGCAAAUGGAACUGAGCCACGAACAUAUUGUUCAUCGUCUGCCCAACCAUUGCCAUUGGAAUUUAAAGAAGAUUUCCAGCAAUCAAGAAUGUUUCGCAAUGCAAGUCCUGAAGUUAUAGAUAUUUUAAAGAAUUAUCCGGUCACGGCGAAUUUCCAUAUGUAUUGUUUUACAGAAGAGACUUUUGCCACUAUGAAAUUGGAUACACUGUGGAGGGUGAUGAGCCUCAAUCACGAUUGGGAUGGCAGUGAAUUUAUAUCCAGCAUUGAACAUAAAAAGUAUCCUUUUUAUGGUGUACAAUUUCAUCCAGAAAAAAAUCUCUACGAGUUUGUACAGAAUCGCAAUAUAACCCACACCACCCUUGCCAUUAAGGCUUCACAAUAUUUUGCCGAUUUCUUUGUGGGUGAAACACGCCGCAAUCGUCAAUUUUUCAAAAAUCAAACCGAAGAAACGGAAGCGUUAAUUUAUAAUUAUGCCCCCAAAUAUACUGGCGCUAUUGGCUCUUCAUUUAUGCAGCAAUAUUUAUUCGAUGAGCAGCCCAUAGAUCGCGUUGGCGGCGGUAAUGGUGCCGAAAAGUUCGGUGCAUCUAUUCUGCUGACAUUGUUUAGCGUGUUUGUAAUACAUCGCAUUUGGUUAUGA